AAUUUAUACAUAAAACCCAUUGAAGUUCAAAAGAGAAGACUCUGUUUCUUCUCUAAAAAACAGAGCAAGUAAGUUUCCAUGGCGUUAACUGGAAGAAGCUUAAUGGAAGGAGUUCUUCCAUUUCCGGCGAUGAUGGCGAUGGAGUGUAUAAACGUCGGUCUCAACACACUUUUUAAAGCCGCCACCGCCACCGGGAUGAGCCACCACGUGUUCGUCGUUUACUCUUACUCAUUCGCCGCCCUUCUGCUCCUCCCUUCUCCGUUCAUCUCUCGAAGAUCCACUCGUCUUCCACCUCUCAAUUCCUCUGUAAUUUCAAAGAUUGCUCUGCUUGGGUUAAUCGGUUCAUGUUCGCAGAUUAUGGGAUACACAGGAAUCAAUUAUAGUUCUCCAACACUUGCUUCCGCCAUCAGCAACCUUGUUCCUGCUUUCACUUUCAUUCUCGCCAUCAUUUUCAGGAUGGAGAAAGUGGUAUUGAAAAGCAAUAGCAGUCAAGCAAAAGUGAUGGGCACAAUAAUAUCAAUAUCAGGGGCAUUUGUGGUAACAUUUUACAAGGGUCCAAGAAUCAUAUUCUCAUCUUCACCAACCAUUUCUCUUUCACUUCAUCACAAUUCACAACAACUAUCCUCUUCUGAUUCUAAUUGGGUUAUUGGUAGCCUUCUCUUGACUGCUGAAUAUAUCCUUGUUCCACUUUGGUACAUUGUUCAGACAAAAAUAAUGAAGGAAUACCCAGAAGAGGCAACAGUGGUCUUCUUCUACAACUUAACUGUGGGCAUCAUAGCUGCAUUUGUAGGUUUUAUUUUAGAGAAAGAUCCAAGUGCUUGGAUUUUGAGGCAAAAUACAGCAUUAGCCUCUGUUUUAUGCUCUGGACUUUUUGGAUCAUGUUUAAACAAUACAGUUCAUACAUGGGCACUCCGAUUGAAAGGGCCGGUAUUUGUAGCAAUGUUUAAGCCGUUGUCGAUUGUUGUUGCUAUCGUAAUGGGUGUUCUGUUUCUUGGUGAUUCUCUAUAUCUUGGAAGUCUUAUUGGAGCAUCCAUAAUAUCCCUAGGGUUUUAUACUGUAAUGUGGGGAAAAGCAAAAGAAGAAAUGGGUGUUGGAGAAGAAAAACAAGAAGGCCAUAGCCAUAAUAAUCUUGAUGGUAAUAAGGAAUCAAAUGAAGAUCAGAGAGUACCUCUUCUUGGAAGCUACAACAGAUACAGUGAAGAUCAUGUAUGAGAAAAGCCAAGAAAUUGAUUGAUGAUUCAACUUUUAUUUUCCUUCAAGCUAUGGCUAUGGCUAUGGCUAUGGCUUUGGCCAAGGACUGGAGGAAAUUGUACAAUUUGAUUGUGUUCAUCAAAACAUGUCACAGGGUAGUAAAGAUUUUUAACACGUUUCACCAUAUCAAUUUAUAUGUACUCUACAAUUUCAAAUGACUUUGAAAUUGUGGCUAUGAAAAAGUACAAGUUUUAUUUACCUUCAAGCUAUGGCUAUGGCCAAUUAAGCAUGGGAGGAUGAAUUGUAAAAUUAUUUGUUUGUGGUUAGAGAAUGUCUUAGGGUUGUAAACAUUUUUUACACUUUCGACCAUGUAACAAUGAAACAUUUUAGUUUAACAUGUGUACACACUCUACAAUUCAAAUGAUUUUGAUUCUACUA